UUGUUUUUGUUGGUUUUUGUUUUUGUUUUUUGUUGCUUCUUGUUUGUUAUCCUUGUUUUUUGUUUUUUUGUUAUCUGUUUCUUGUUUGAUUCGGUCGUUUCCAGGCUGGGGACAGUGUGUGCGAUCCGGGUUGGACAGGUGUGGCAAUAGACAUGGGAACCAUGGCCAUGAGUCACUGCAAACUAGGGCCAGGCAGAAGGCCGUAUCGGGAAGCGGGAGAAUAAUGAGAAGCGGUUGGAAUCUGGGCCAUCAGAAAAUAAAGGCCACUGUUUGUAUAAGCGCCGGAGCGACAGUGUGCAUGGUGCAGAGUCAUGGGAAAAUUAGCGAGACCAAUAAAGUCUGGGGCGGGGAAUCGAAAACAGAAGCGCGAGCGAUUUUCGAGUUCCGUGGGUUCAUGGAAAUUGGCGCCGUCUCGGCAGAUCCGCGGCCUGAGCCUGGGAAAAGCAAAGAGGGCUUUUGAACUGGAAGAGAUUAUGGGGUGCAGCUCAAUAGCAAGUGAGAUCAGGUUUGAUCAGAAGGACAAUGUCAAAGACGAUUGUAAGAAUGGUAAUGUGCGAUAGAGAUGAUUAAUAAGAAGGACAUGUGACGAACGAAGAUCCAAAGGAGGACAAUCUGCAAAACAGAAGUUGGUAAGGAAGACAGGUGAAGACAGAAGAUUAGGGGAAGGGCAACGAGGAAACAGUAGAUUGUAAGGGCAAUGUGCGAAAGAGAUGGUUAAUAAAAAGGAUAUGUGAAAACCGAUGAUUAAAAAAGAAAAUGUGCGAAAGACAUGGUUGAUUGAAGGGACAUGUGAAAGCCGAAGAUUAAAAAAGAGACCAAGUGAAAACAGAAGAGAAAGACCGAAGAUUAAAAAUGAGACCAAGUGAAAACAGAAGGUAAAGGAGGGCAAUGUGAAUACCGAAGAUUUAAUAGGAAGGACAA